AUCAAUCAAACACUUGAAAUGUGUGAUAAUUAAAGGGCCAAUUUUAACUAACCAACUCCAUCUCAUCAGCUCCACUCUCUCAUUCCCUACUAAACUAUAAAACUAUAAAUACCAAUUAGUCAAUCUCAACAUUCAUAUCAAAAUCAAACACAUCUCAACCAAAAAUGGCUAAGCAUCACACUCUCACCUCCUUCUUUUGCUUGUUGCUACUAGCCACCACCCUCACCCUAGUCACCUCAGCAAGAAUUCUUGAUGAAGAAACACCUCCAUUCCCCCUCCCCGCCGCCUCCUCCGAUCCGAUCCCACCGCCGGAGACGGUGGCUCCGGCCACAACUGCCCUCCCGAGCGGUCAAAUCCCGGCAGUCCCCACCACCAAUGUUGCCCCGCCCGAGCCCACCCCAAUAGAAGAAGAACCCGCCGCCAAUGUGGCCCCGCCCGAGCACACCCCAAUAGAAGAAGAACCCGCCGCCGUCCCCGCCACCAAUGUGGCCCCGCCUGAGCCCACCCCAAUAGAAGAAGAACCCGCCGCCGUCCCCGCCACCAAUGUGGCCCCGCCGGAGCCCACCCCAACAGUAGAAGAACCCGCCGCCCCCGCCGUAGCGCCGGUGGUCCCCACCACAACCAAUGUGGCCCCACCCAAGACGACGGCCGCCCCAUUAGGCGGGGCGGCGGCAGCAGCAUUCUCCUUCUUCAUGCACGACGUCCUCGGUGGGUCCCACCCGUCCGGCAGGGCGGUGGCGGGGAUCGUGGCCAACUCGGACGCGAACAACCUCCCGUUCUCGAAGCCGAGCAACCCGAUUUUCCCGAUCAACGGCGGCGUCCCGCUCAACACCGUCAACGGCGCCAUCAACAGCAACAACUACCCCUUCCUGGUGGGGCUCAACGGGGCCCCCUCCAGCACCCUCGUGCAGAGCAACGGCAACAACGCCGUCGCCGGAAACAACAACCAGCAGGCGUUCGUGACGGCGGGGCAGCUGCCGCAGGGGCUGACCCUCAACCAGCUGACGUUCGGCUCCGUGACCGUGGUCGACAACGAGCUCACGGAGGGGCACGAGCUGGGCUCGGGGGUGCUCGGGAGGGCUCAGGGGAUCUACAUCACGAGCUCCUCCGACGGCAGCAGCCACACGGUGGCGCUCACGGCGGCGUUCCACGGCCACGAGCACGAGGUGGAGGACACCGUGAGCUUCUUCGGAGUGCACAGGACGGCGACGCCGGUGUCGCACAUCGCCAUUGUUGGCGGCACUGGGAAAUACGAGAAUGCAAAGGGCUUUGCCGCCAUUGAAACGAUGCCGCAUCAGGAUCAGCACACCACUGAUGGGAUUGAAACAAUUACGCAUUUCACAGUUUAUAUUACUCCAUAGGAAUUGCUUCCAUCACGCUUUUAUCUUCUGUUGAUUCAUUUCUUGCUUAAUUUCUGAGUUUAAUGUGUGUUUCUGUAUUUAAUUUUUACGUUGUGAAAUGGGAGUAUGACUUUCGAUCCA